AUGGAGGCAGAAUAUCAAAGUGUCGCAGACACAACAGCUGAAGUAACCUGGGUUAGUGCAGUGUUAGCUAAUUUGGGUGUAAAGCAACGAGAAAAGUCGGUUAUCUGGUGUGACAAUACCAUCACCAUUGCUAUGAGCGUGAAUCCGGUUUACCAUGCUCAAUCUAAACACGUGGAUAUGGUUGUUCAUUUUAUUAAAGAAAAGGUUGUUAAAGUGUUACGUGUCAGCUAUGUUCCAGCCAGUUGUCAGGUUGUAAACGGUCUCACAAAGCCUUUGACUAAAGAUGCAUUUGAAGUAUUCAGGGACAAGUCGGCUCCAGGGAAAUUGGAAGAGAAUUGGAAGUACAUUAGAUCUUCACAUUGUUCCUUCACCAACACUGCUAUGGCAUCGGCAAUGCUCUUUUCUUUCUUGGUUGUGUUGUUAUUGCUGGAGAAUGCAGCCGCUGAAACAAGGCAUUACAAGUUCAAUAUUGAGUACCACAAUGUUACAAGACUGUGCCACACAAGGACCGUUCUGACCGUGAACCGGAAGUUUCCAGGGCCUCGGUUAGUAGCGAGGGAAGGUGACAGAGUGAUUGUUAAGGUGGUUAACCAUAUUGCCAAUAAUGUCACCCUUCACUGGCAUGGGAUUCGACAGCUAACGUCAGGAUGGUGGGAUGGACCUUCUUACAUAACACAGUGUCCCAUACAAACAAACCAGUCAUUCAUUUACAACUUCACAAUCACAGGGCAAAGAGGAACUCUAUGGUGGCAUGCUCACAUCUCCUGGUUGAGAAUAUCCGUCUAUGGACCGAUAAUUAUCCUCCCAAAGCGCAAUGAAUCUUAUCCGUUCCAGAAACCACACAAGGAAGACAUCAUCAUGUUUGGAGAGUGGUUCAAUUCAGACCCUGAAGCUAUAAUCAGCCAAGCACUUCAGACAGGUGGUGGUCCCAAUGUUUCUGAUGCAUAUACUAUCAAUGGGCUUCCAGGGCCGCUCUACAACUGUUCUUCUAAAGACACUUAUAAGCUGAAGGUGAAGCCGGGAAAGACGUAUCUCCUCCGAUUGAUCAAUGCUGCACUCAACGACGAGCUUUUCUUCAGCAUUGCCAAUCACACGGUAACGGUAGUCGAAGGCGAUGCCAUAUAUACCAAACCUUUCGAAACCGAUAAACUUCUUAUCGCUCCGGGCCAAACCACAAAUGUUCUUCUGAAAACCAAGCCUGAAUUCCCCAGUGCCUCCUUCCUAAUGGCUGCUAGACCUUACUUCACCGGACAAGGCACCUUCGAUAACUCGACCGUCGUCGGAAUUCUUGAAUAUGAACAUCCAUCCGAUCAAAAAUCAUUUAAAACUCUUACUUUAAUGCAGCCAACCCUCCCUUCUAUUAAUGCUACAGGUUUUGUUGCAAACUUUACAGGGAAGUUUCGCAGCUUGGCCAAUGCUAAAUUCCCUGCUAACGUACCUAAAAUGGUCGACAAGAAAUUUUUCUUUACCGUAGGACUUGGGACGAACCCCUGUCCGAAAAACACAACCUGCCAAGGACCUAAUAAUUCAAGCAAAUUUGCUGCUUCUGUAAACAAUGUUUCAUUUUUAUUCCCAUCUGUGGCAAUGCUCCAAGCUCACUACUUUGGACAAUCUAAUGGAGUUUACACUACAGAUUUUCCUACACAACCAUUAAUUCCAUUUAAUUACACCGGCACCGGACCCAAUAACACGAAUGUGAUGAACGGAACUCGAGCGGUUGUGCUAAAGUUUAACACGAGUGUUGAGCUGGUGAUGCAGGACACUGGCAUUCUCGGUGUGGAGAGUCACCCACUUCAUCUUCAUGGAUACAAUUUUUUCAUUGUCGGACAGGGUUUUGGAAACUUCGAUCCGAAUAAGGACCCUGCAAAAUUCAAUCUCGUCGAUCCCAUGGAGAGGAAUACAGCUAGUGUUCCUGCCGGUGGUUGGAUCGCAAUUCGGUUCUUUGCCGACAACCCAGGAGUAUGGUUCAUGCACUGUCACCUUGAUGUUCACACAAGUUGGGGACUGAGAAUGGCAUGGAUAGUCUUGGAUGGUCCGGGACCAAACCAAAAGUUGCAACCGCCACCAUCUGAUCUUCCGAAAUGUUGAUUUUGAUAACUGUUCUUGGUCCUGUUUUGAAUGUUUCCGAAUCUUGUGCAUUUAAAUUUUAACUUGAUCUUCAUUUUCCAUGCAAUUCUGUUGUUGCAUCCUAUGGUGUGGUACAUUUCAUCAAUGUAUGAAUGAAUGGAUGGUUCGGUUGGAGGAGGGAAUGUACAGCAGUUGAGGUGUAAACAUCUGAUGGAUUUAAUUUAUAUGUUUUGUGC